AUGAGAUUGUGUGUCGUACGACAAUGUACUUUUGACAGUCCAAUCUUGUAGUGGGUGUGCGACCGUCUGUCCGCAGAAAUAUAAAAAAAUAAUUUAAAAAGAAACGCGUUUGUCGAGCAUGACGAAUCUCACGCGCAUAUCCGGGAGUUUGCAUCGGUUGACAGUGAGAGUUUGUUCAACCUCACCACUGCCUUUCUGCGGGAACAAUGUUUUAUAUUCACACAAUAUCAGUAAAUUUGCAACUACUGUCAGAUGUUUUACAAGACAAUCAUGUCACAGAAGCAGUAACAGACAUUACGCCUCAUCAGCACACAGAACUGUUCGUAUUGGAUGCGCGUCGGGGUUUUGGGGUGAUACUGCAACGUCAGUUCCUCAGCUCAUAUAUGGUGGGAAAUUGGACUUCCUUGUGUUUGAUUAUCUGUCUGAAAUCACCAUGUCACUGCUCACAGGAGCCAAAGCCAAAGCACCUAAUAUGGGAUAUGCUCCUGAUUUCGUUCUUUCCCUUUCUCCAUUUAUUAAGGAUAUCAGCAAAAGAGGCAUUCGUGUGGUCAGUAAUGCUGGAGGUGUCAAUCCUCUUGCCUGUGGAGCAGCUUUACAGGAAGUAGUUCAAAAGGCGGGACUUGACUUGAAGGUAGCUGUGGUUACCGGCGAUGACCUGAUGCCACGGAAAGACUCUUUGACUGAACUCAGGAUGACUGAUUCAGAGGGAAAGAAACCACUUCCAAAGACCGUCCACAGCAUGAAUGUGUAUUUGGGCGCCCUCCCCAUUAAACGAUGCCUGGACCUCGGGGCUGAUAUUGUAGUAACGGGACGCUGUGUGGACAGCGCUGUGGUUCUUGGACCGCUGAUGCAUUCGUUUGCAUGGGACUCCAAUAACUAUGACCUGUUGGCUGCUGGAAGUCUUGCUGGUCAUCUGAUUGAGUGUGGUGCACAAGCCACAGGGGGGAUUUUUACAGACUGGCACACAGUUCCUGACUGGGAUAACAUGGGCUUCCCGGUGGUAGAAUGUUCUGCUGAUGGUUCAUUUACUCUGUCCAAACCUCCAAAAACCGGUGGGCUGGUUUCAUUUGGUACAGUGGCAGAGCAAUUAGUGUAUGAGAUCGGAGACCCGCAGCAUUACCUCCUACCUGAUGUAACAUGUGACUUCUCUAAUGUCACCAUUACUGAGAUAACAGAUGUGGAUGGUGGAGCAGUGAAAGUAGGUGGUGCCAAGGGAUCACCUCCAUCAGGUGACUAUAAGGUUUGUGCCACAUAUAUGGAUGGGUUCAGGGCGACAGCAGUUUGUCCUGUUGGUGGUCCGAGAGCUGUGGAAAAAGCCAGAAGAACAGCAGAGAGUAUUAUCAAAAGGACCCAGCGAAUUUUCAGACAGCUGGGUUUGGAGGACUAUGCUGAAGUCAACAUUCAAGUUCUAGGCGCUGAAGACACAUAUGGACCACAUGCGGUCAAUAAAGGUCCUCGUGAGGCUGUGGUUUGGAUGGCCGUCCAUCACAAGCAGAAGAAAGCGCUAGAGUUUUUCUCAAGAGAAGUGGCACCAGCGGGAACAGGCAUGGCACCAGGACUCACAGCUAUUGUAGGAGGGCGACCAAAAAUAUCACCAGUCCUGAAACCUUUCUUUUUCCUGCAUCCCAAAGCAGAUCUUGAGGUGCACAUUCAUGUGAAUGGGGAGCUUGUGGAGACACACAGAGAGGGGGUAUCAGACCCUUCAUUAGCGGAAGAACAUGACCCUUCCCUCCACUCAGAGGAAUACAAAGGAAAAUCCACAGAUCUGCCCUCUGGCUCGCAUACCUACAGACUGGAGGAGUUAGCAUACACGCGCAGUGGAGACAAAGGGGACUCCGCAAACAUUGGUGUUAUUGCAAGACACCCACUGUAUUUCCCGUACCUGAAAAAGUUUUUAUCCGCUGAAGUUGUGGAACAGUAUUUCCAACAUUUGAUCAGAAAGGAUCAGACUGAUGUACCCUCCGUCAUACGGUACGAACUGCCUGGUAUUCACGGUCUGAACUUCAUUCUUCCAAACUCACUCGGAGGGGGAGGGGUGGCGUCACUGCGCAGCGACCCUCAGGGAAAAGCCUACGGGCAAAUGCUGCUUGACUACAAACUGAGAGGCCUACCUGAUUUGAAAUCACUGGUCGAUUAAAAAAGGAUGAAGACUGAAAGAUGUCAGGGGUGUGUUGAGAUUUCACAUUUAAAAAGGUGCUUUGAAUGGAUAAUGUCAAAGAAUUUUUUUUUGUAAUGUUUGAAAAUGUCCAGAUGGAUUAUAUUAUGAUGUUUGUAUAAUGUAAACAGUGUUUUCCGUUUUAGUUUGUGUCUACUAACAAACUGUUGAAAUGAUUCCAUGGAAUCAAAAUGUGAACUUUUUAAACUGUGCCUUUAAUCAUUUUUAUUUUAUGUUGUAAGAAAUACACAUAAUAAUGACUAGUAGUACGAAUGAGCAUUAAAAAAUGGUAUGUUUUCAGAUAAAACAAAACAAAGAGCCAGUUGAAGCUGAAUGUCACUUUUGGUGGGUCGUUGUUGAACAUGCAAGCACUUUGAUAUGUAGUGAGUACAUUAAAGAACGGCGUACUUCACUUAGCUGUGUUGAGUUGGCCACGUCUUACAGGCGACGGCAAAACAAUAAACCCUUGAAGUCCCGAUA